UUCAGAACACAUCUGAAUUCCUUCUCUGUGGUAUAGGCUUGAGUAGAGGAACAGACAGCUCCUGGUCAGGGUCAGAUUUCAAAUUUUUAUUUGUUGGUACCAAUACCAUUACUAGGUUCUUCUCUGUAGUCAACUAUUGAGAUCUUCUCUGAAUACAACUUGGUGUCUGAAGAUCCACAGAGGAGCCUCUGGUCAUCAUUCUCUUCACAGAAUCACAGUCUUCUCUCUCAGCAAAGCAUCUGCUGUACUCAGCUUUGCCUUGAGAAACAACACUUUCCCUGAGACCUGGUUGAGAGCAGUUCUCUGGUGCCAUACUUCCCAGCAUGGAGGUGAAGAACUUUGUAGUUUGGGAUUAUCUCAUCUUUGCAGCCCUCUUUAUCAUUUCCUCUGGAAUAGGGGUGUUCUUUGCUAUUAAAGAGAGAAAAAAGAUGACUUCCACGGAGUUCCUGGUUGGAGGAAGGCAAAUGAGCUUUGGCCCUGUGGCGUUGUCCCUGUCAGCCAGCUUUAUGUCAGCUGUCACUGUCCUGGGAGUCCCUUCCGAGGUCUAUCUCUUUGGAGCCUCCUUCCUGAUCUUCAUGAUUUCGUAUGCUUGUGUCAUCAUCCUCACAUCAGAGCUCUUUCUGCCUGUGUUCUACAGAUCUGGCAUCACCAGCACUUAUGAGUACUUGCAACUACGAUUCAACAAACCAGUUCGCUAUGCAGCAACAGUUAUCUACAUUGUGCAGACGAUUCUCUACACAGGAGUGGUGGUGUAUACUCCUGCUCUGGCACUCAAUCUAGUGACUGGGUUUGAUCUUUGGGGCUCUGUGUUUGCAACAGGAAUCAUUUGCACAUUCUACUGUACUCUGGGAGGAUUAAAAGCAGUGGUGUGGACAGAUGCAUUUCAGAUGGCUGUCAUGAUUGUGGGCUUCUUAACGGUUCUCAUUCGAGGAUCAGCUCAAACUGGUGGAUUUCACAAUGUGUUGGAGCAUUCAUUAAAUGGAUCUCGACUCGAUAUGUUUGACUUUGAUGUAGAUCCCCUCAGGCGGCACACUAUUUGGACAAUUGUGAUUGGAGGAACUUUUACGUGGCUUGGGAUCUAUGGAGUUAAUCAGUCAACCAUCCAGCGAUGUAUUUCUUGCAAAACAGAAAAACAUGCCAAACUAGCCUUAUACUUUAACUUGUUGGGUCUCUGGAUUAUUUUGGGGUGUGCUAUCUUCUCUGGCUUAAUCAUGUACACCUACUUCAAAGACUGUGACCCUUGGACUUCUGGCAUUAUCUCAGCACCAGACCAGUUGAUGCCAUACUUUGUCAUGGAGAUAUUUGCCACAAUGCCCGGAUUGCCAGGACUCUUUGUGGCUUGUGCCUUCAGUGGAACUCUGAGCACCGUGGCUGCCAGCAUUAAUGCCUUAGCGACAGUGACCUUUGAGGAUUUCAUCAAGAGCUUUUUUCCCCAUCUCUCCGGCAAGCUGAGCACCUGGAUCAGUAAAGGCUUAUGUAUCUUAUUUGGUGUGAUGUGUACUUCCAUGGCUGUGGCUGCAUCCCUCAUGGGGAACGUUACACAGUCUGCCCUCAGCAUCCACGGCAUGUGUGGGGGACCGAUGCUAGGUUUGUUCGUUUUGGGAAUUGUGUUUCCUUUUGUGAACUGGCAGGGAGCACUAGGGGGCCUUCUGACUGGAAUCACUUUGUCAUUUUGGGUGGCCAUUGGGGCCUUCAUUUACCCUGCACCAAAUUCCAAGACAUGGCCCCUGCCUUUAUCGACAGAACAGUGUAUCCCAUCAAAUGUGACGAAGUCAGUGCCUCCAGUGCUAUCUAGCAGGCCCGCACUCGCUGAUAUCUGGUAUUCACUCUCCUACCUUUACUACAGUGCAGUGGGCUGCCUAGGAUGCAUUGCUGCAGGAGUAAUCAUCAGCUUCAUAACAGGUCACCAAAAGGGCAAGGAUAUUCAACCAUUGCUAAUUAGACCAGUCUGCAAUUUAUUUUGCUUUUGGUCUAAGAAAUACAAAACACUGUGCUGGUGUGGAGUUCAACAUGACAAUGAGACAGAGCAGGAAAACCUUGAGGAUGGCAAUACCUGGAAACAAGGGGCUGAAUCUGUCUCACAGAAUGGUCUCAGGCAAGAAAGCCUGGUCCAUAUUCCAGGCUAUGAUCCCAAAGACAAAAGCUACAACAACCCGGCGUUCGAGAAUGUUACACAUUUCUAAGGCAAUACGGGCAUAUACACACACGCGCACACACAUGCACACACAUAUAUAUGUAGUCCACAUACUUCUUGCCUCUUGGUUAGUAAACUUGUGUAGUUGCCACUGCUAGAAGACAGGGAUAUCUAAUGUCUAUUUAUACUUAUUUAUAACUACAAAUAAAAUUACUGUUCCUCAGGAUAUUCUUUGGAAGACCCAUUCAGGUGAGAAAAACAGCCUAGCCUUAAGUGCCUUGGUGACUUCCUUCAUGAAUAAAAUAGGACUGUAUUU